AUGGCUCUCCGAAGAGAGCAUAUUCAGCAGAUUUUGACAUUCAAAGGCGAAAACGACCAUGAACAGUUAGUGCACACGACACAGAAUGCUGGUCGACUAGAAGAGUAUUUUCGAGAUUUACUGAAUAAAUUACGAACGACCAAAACACCAAAAGAGAACGCAGAACAGUAUCCAGACGAGGCCUCGUUAUUGACUUUAGCUGCAACUCAUCGAUUCAUAGCCUGUAAUACUUUAUUGGGACGGCUUAUCAUCGAUUGCAUACUGGAAUAUAGCAAACUUGAUUUAGAUCCCUCAACUUACAAUCCAAACCUUGACAAAACAAUUGUAUGGCCGAUUGUUCGUUUACGGCGCUUCACUAGUUUUGAAGAAGCCACUAAAAAGCGAAGUGAUUGUCCGACGCUAAUAAAGAACAUAUCAAUGGCUAUUGAGCAGAAACAGAAUGAUCUGAACGAUAGCACGAUCAACAGGUUACUUGAGAUGUGCGUUGGGCUACUCAGUGAGAAACAUGCUUUCGCGUUGAUCGAAAAGCUGCUUGGAUUAGCGCUAAAGAAUUUUGAUACAGAAGCAGACGAGAUACAUUUUGAUGUGCCAAGAGCAGUAAUUCCCAUGCAGUUUAUGGAGCACUUUUUAAAGUUAUUGAACGGCGUGGACAGCAACAUAUAUCGCGAAUGGUUUUAUAAGACAGAUUAUGAUUUAAGGAUGAAACUAUUUGCAUGCCAUAAUCUCUUCUUUGAAACUGAAAUGCUUCAAUUUAUAGAAGAAUUCCUACAGCAGCAGCAGGAUAGCUAUACAUCAAUCAAAACACUGUACAAGUAUAUCAAAGAGCAGAGGUUAAUACACUCAAUACGCACUUCAACACGUCUAGUCAAUCUUUUCAUACAAAAAGUUGCAGCAUAUGCAUUAUUAUUUAACGACUGGAGAAUUUUACGGAUGAUGCAAUGUAUAGCUCUUUACUUCGUCGAGAAACUACCCGAAGUGUUUCAGCGUAUUAUAAGCUUCAAAUGCGGUGAUAUGGAAAUCCUUCAGCACAAUAUACAAUGCAAAAUAGUUGAUUUUGUUUAUGCUGGACAUAAUGCAGAUAUAGCAACCAAACGGCAGAUAGCAUGGUGCUUGGCCAUGUCUUCCCCAUGUUUUACGUGGCAUAAUAUUAAAGAACUUGUGCAGUGGUGCGAAACUUCUAGUCCGUGGUCUACAAAGGUAUUUCUAUCUUUGGAAGUCAAAAUCAUUUAG